CACGUGACGAACCGGCGGCGGCCGCGGCGUCUUCGGUGGCGCCCAGUGCAGGAUGGUGCUAGAGGCGGCGGCCGUUGUGGCGGCGGCGUCGUUGGUGGCAGCGGGCGGGGGUGCUGUGGCGGCAGCGGCGGCGACGCCCGCGGGUGGUGCAAAAUGGCGGAUUUCGAGGAGUUGAGAGACCUCCAGUACAAUGUUGAAUAGAAGCAGUGAUGGGGGCAUCCUGAUCUUGUUCCUGAUUUUAAAGGGAAUGCUUUCAGAGUUUCACAAUUGGCUGUACCAUUUUACAUCCCUACCAGCAAUGUAUGGAGUGAUCCAGUUUUUCUGCAUCCUCGUCAGCAUUUGAUGUUGUCACUGUUUUUCAUUUUAGCCAUUCUGAAAUUGAUGACUAGAGGGAUGAAAUGACUUCCCCAAGGUCCUGAGUCUUGAUGCUACAUCUGCUAAUUGCAGUUGUGAAGUUUCCACAGGACACCAUGGAUGCCCAAAGUCAUCAUCUUUGGGCAGUAUUUUAGUGCCUGAAUAUGGUUUCUAGUUUUAGGGUUUCUGAAUUACAAGUGUUACUAGGCUUUGCUGGACGGAAUAAAAGUGGGCGCAAGCAUGACCUCCUGAUGAGGGCGUUGCAUUUGUUGAAGAGUGGCUGCAGCCCUGCGGUUCAGAUUAAAAUCCGAGAAUUGUAUAGACGCCGGUAUCCACGGACUCUUGAAGGACUUUCUGAUUUAUCCACAAUCAAAUCAUCAGUUUUCAAUUUGGAUAGUAGCUCAUCACCUGUAGAACCUGACCUGGCCGUGGCUGGAAUCCACUCGUUGCCUUCCACUUCAGUUACUCCUCACUCACCGUCCUCUCCUGUUGGUUCUGUGCUGCUUCAAGAUACUAAGCCCACAUUUGAGAUGCAGCAACCAUCUCCCCCAAUUCCUCCGGUCCAUCCUGAUGUGCAGUUAAAAAACUUACCCUUUUAUGAUGUCCUUGAUGUUCUCAUCAAGCCUACAAGUUUAGUUCAAAGCAGUAUUCAACGAUUUCAAGAGAAGUUUUUUAUUUUUGCUCUGACACCUCAACAAGUUAGAGAGAUAUGCAUAUCCAGGGACUUCUUGCCAGGUGGUAGGAGAGAUUAUACAGUGCAAGUUCAGCUGAGACUUUGCCUGGCAGAGACAAGUUGCCCUCAAGAAGAUAAUUAUCCCAACAGUCUGUGUAUAAAAGUAAAUGGGAAGCUGUUUCCUUUGCCUGGCUAUGCACCACCACCUAAAAAUGGAAUUGAACAGAAGCGCCCUGGACGCCCUUUGAAUAUUACAUCUUUAGUUAGGUUAUCUUCAGCUGUGCCAAACCAGAUUUCCAUUUCAUGGGCAUCAGAAAUUGGAAAGAAUUACUCCAUGUCUGUAUAUCUUGUACGACAGCUCACAUCAGCCAUGUUAUUACAGAGAUUAAAAAUGAAAGGUAUUAGAAACCCUGAUCAUUCCAGAGCACUAAUUAAAGAAAAACUUACUGCAGAUCCUGAUAGUGAAAUUGCUACAACUAGCCUUCGGGUAUCGUUGAUGUGCCCUUUAGGGAAAAUGAGGCUGACAAUUCCAUGUCGUGCAGUGACUUGUACACAUCUACAGUGUUUUGAUGCUGCUCUUUAUCUUCAAAUGAAUGAGAAGAAGCCCACUUGGAUUUGUCCUGUGUGUGACAAAAAAGCUGCUUAUGAAAGUCUAAUUUUAGAUGGGCUUUUUAUGGAAAUUCUCAAUGACUGUUCUGAUGUGGAUGAGAUCAAAUUCCAAGAAGAUGGUUCUUGGUGUCCAAUGAGACCGAAGAAGGAAGCUAUGAAAGUAUCCAGCCAGCCUUGUACAAAAAUAGAAAGUUCAAGUGUCCUCAGUAAGCCUUGUUCAAUGACUGUAGCCAGUGAGGCAAGCAAGAAGAAAGUGGAUAUUAUUGACCUAACAAUAGAAAGCUCUUCUGAUGAAGAGGAAGACCCUCCUGCCAAAAGGAAAUGCAUCUUUAUGUCAGAAACUCAAAGCAGCCCAACCAAAGGGGUUCUCAUGUAUCAGCCAUCUUCUGUAAGGGUGCCCAGUGUGACUUCGGUUGAUCCUGCUGCUAUUCCGCCUUCAUUAACAGACUACUCAGUACCAUUCCACCACACGCCAAUAUCAAGCAUGUCAUCAGAUUUGCCAGGUUUGGAUUUUCUUUCCCUUAUUCCAGUUGAUCCCCAGCAGUACUGUCCUCCUAUGUUUUUGGAUAGUCUCACCUCACCCUUAACAGCAAGCAGUACGUCUGUCACCACCACCAGCCCCCAUGAAAGCACUACUCAUGUUAGUUCAUCCAGCAGCAGGAGUGAGACAGGGGUCAUAACCAGCAGUGGAAGUAACAUUCCUGACAUCAUCUCAUUGGACUGAAGGAGGACUCACUCAAUUGUAGGAGUCAUUCGUCAAAACUGCACUUUCUUGGAUCUCUGGUCCGUGGAAGCUAUUUUUUUGGUAAAAAUUACUUUGAUAUUUAUUGAAAUGUCAAGUGGAUUCUUUUGCCUUCUGCGAGAUGAACACAGAUGACUGCAGCAAGAACCAGAUGACAUGCAAGGAUUUUUCUUGUUGGUUCUGUACUCUGAGCACCAGAUACAUUCAGCCAUAAUAGUAUCUUCUGGAGAGAUGGAUUCCAGUUGUAUGUUACUGGAUGGAUUCCACAAAUUAAAAAUUUUUGUUGUAAUAAGCAGCAAUAAAAUUAUGUAAAUAUUCAAGUAAACUUUUUUCUAAUUAAAAAAGAUGUAACCAGUGAUCCUAAAAUGACAGCAGCUUUUUUUUAACCUAAUGUGAAGGAAAAAAUAUAUGGGAAGAAGCUUGCCAAGUGAGUCCUUUCCAUGGAGAUCUGUUCUCGUUCACUGAAGUAGUGAAAUCUUGAUAAGUGGCCAGUGCUUGGGUUCCACUUUUCUUCUUGCUGUUCCACAUUUCUUCAUAAUUUCAUCAAAGAAAAAUGGCCUUUGUGUUACACAUUUUUCCCUGGUUGUCAUCUAUACUUUGAUACUGUUUGCUAAUUAAUGCAGAGUGAAGCUCUUGAGUUUUGGCUGCUCUUUAUUAGUGAUUAUGUGGAAGAGCACUGUGCAGACUCUUCCCUGACAUAAUGUGCAUUAUUUUUGGUGAUUGUACAUUCUCAUUCUAGCGAGUUCUAUAAAUUUUGGACUUGCUGUCUCAAAAAGGAAAUUCUAUGCAGCCAUUAACUGGAAUAUUUUUUAAUAAGGUGUGGCUGAAUGUUCUUUAGAAUUUUGUUCGUGCUGUCCAGAAAUAGUGUGAGAACUUGGAGGCAGUGGAAGAACAGAUUUAGGGAAAGUGGAAAUAGCAAAGUUUAAUUUCUUCCUAAGAACUUUUGCUCAUUUAUUUUAUAGAAUAAAAUACAAAUCUUUGUUGAAGCUUUUCAGAUUUUAGUAACACUGACAAAGUAUGUUUCAGUUCUCUUAUACUUCUCACCCAUAAAACUUGAGUCUCACAGCACAGAUUUUCAAACUUGAAGAAAGUAACAAGGGACAGGGACAGCAUCAGCUUUCCUUUUCCCUUUUUUCAAAGGAAAUCUUGACUAAAGCCACAAAAGACAAAACAGAAUUAGAAAUGUUCGAAUUGAAGGAAGAGCUGGGAAAAUGGGCCUAAAGCCCACUUUGAAAGCUACUCUCUUUAGUGUUUGGUUUUAAAUCCCUCAGGAAACUUGAGUUUUACCCUUAGAGAAACAUUUUCAUCCAAAUUUUAUACUCUUGUUUGCUUCAUUUGGCUUCCUAAAUAAUUUUUGAAUUCUCAAGGAGUUAAUACUUUCCUAAUGUUUAGCUUUCUCUUCCGAAGUUGUACCUACUGUAAAAAUAAAAUCCUUUUUAAAAAUGACAGUUUCGCCAACUGAAGUGCCCCGAUGGAGAGUCUACCAAUUGCAGUCAGAAUGGACAUGUUGCUUCAAGCUUGGUGCACCUUCACGAAGCUGACUUGUCACUACUUGGUUUUUACAACUCCUUGCGUUUUCGUGGCCUCAGUGCACCUUUGUACUGAUUGAAUUUCAUGUGAAUUUUGACAUCAUCCCCUUAAUGUAUUACCCUUUUGGAGAGCUGCUUAUUUUUUUUUAAUGUGGAAAACAAACCAGAAUAUUCUGCAGCAGUUGCACCAUAGCUGCCAGUUUUAUCUACCACUUUGGUCAGUAGAUUUCCAAUCUACAUUACAGUCCUUUGAUCCAGAUAAUGGAAUUUCUUCCUAGUAAAAUUUUAUGUUGCUGCUCUAAAUACAGAUGCAAUUUCUGUUAACUCUGUAAUCAGAUAGAAAAACUAACCUGAUUUGUGUAAUAGAAUUUGUUAAUAAAGAAAUGAUGUAUAUUUGUUAUCAUUUUGUUAACCCUUUAGAUCCUCAGAGACUCCCCCUCCCCAGUUUAAUCAACAAACUUUUAUAAGGUAAAUGAAAAUAUUAAUAGAAAUUAUUUACUUGGUUCUUGUAACUGAGAUCUCUGUGCUUUUAUAAUUGUGCUUUGUUUCCUUUUCUCUAUUUAAUGUGAGCAAGUUUGAGUGUUCAUUUAUGUUGCUUUACAUUGAAAUUACAUACGAAAUUUUAAUUUAUCUCAUACAGGCCACUAACAUUUUUUAAAAUACAUACUUACAUUUAUAAUCUUGGGGCCUUUGUGUAUGUAUCUUUGAAGGUGAGUAGUUUCUUUUAUGCCUUUGGCCUUAAGGUGAGUAUUUUUCUUUGUGCCUUUGGCCUUAUGACAAUAGCAUGCUUACUAAGCCAAUAUCCCCCUUUUUUUUUCUUUAGUAUGGUCACUAAAUAUUUUUUCAAAGACCCUGAUUUUUUAACAGUCUAUUUUGCUAGCCCAGAUUUCUGCCCUAACCAAGUACAAUGUGGUUUCAGAGAAGGUGGUCUUAGCUGUUACUUAGAUGUGAACCAUCUAAUGGAUUAUGUGGAGUAUCUUGUUUAAGGAAAGGAACCGCUAUUAUUAGUUUCUUACAGACACUUAACCAACCUGUAUUUUUACCUUUAUUCACAUAUAAAUGUAAGGAUAACGCCUAACAGUGUAAUGGUGCUGACAGCUUCACACCUAAGGUCUGCUUACAUUCCCCAACUUUCUAACCCUUAAGUGAACCACUUGAGCAUUUUCUCUUCAUUUCUGCCUAGAAGGUAUAAAUACUUGGUAUCUGUCAUAGGAUAAUUAUAAAUGCCAAAUGAAACAGUAGAGGUAAAUUUAGGUUAUAUGGCAUUUUUCCGAUCAUGUGUUUUGGGACAGCUAGAAUGAAAAUAUGAUUAGGUGAGAGAGCAUGUGUAUAAAUAAGUUGAUCCAUAACUCGUGGUAUAAAAACAAGUUUCCCUAGGGUAGAAUCUUAAGGAAUUUGAAGAAAGGUAAAACUUCAAUUUUAAGUGAAGUGGUCAACAGCUACUAUUCUGACUUUGAGAUUCAGGCCUUUUAAGACAUUCUGCUUUCAGGAGAGUCCUGGCCACAUCAUUUGGUAACAAAGUUGUGUGUUUUUAAUAUUCAUUAGUUACAUUGUCUUUAAAGGCAACUUUUACAAAGCAUUAAUUUGAUAAUCAGGUAUCCUUUUCAUUUCUUUCUAGCAACUAGUUGGUAAAACAGCACUUAAUUAUUUAAUUUUCCAAAUUUUUUUAUCUUGAAAAAUGUAGAACAGUGUGCCAUUUAAGCUUGUGCCUGACUGUAUUUGUGGCCUUGGAUCCCUGUGUCAUGGGAGCUUGGAGUUGUCUGUUUAGGUUUGUAGUUCAUUGAACCUGAUUCACCAUCUUUUCUGCUACAGUUCUUCGUAAAUAUGGAGAAACUUGUGGGAAAGAAUUUAAGAAUUUCUCUGCUUUUUUAAGAGUCUGAUGCUUCGAUCAAAUAAAUGACUGGUUUGUAAGUCCCUUUUUGUUAGGAAUCACACUCCCAAUUCCUAGCAGAAACAAAUAAAGCUUUUAUAAAAAUG